AUGUCGGUUGGUUACACCUCGUAUUUACCGGGGUGCCCCAAAGGUCAGCGAGGUGUGUGGGGGGGACAACUUCACCCCUCCGUUCCCCGCCGUUCCCCUCCGUUCCCCUCCCCUCCCUGUCCCUCCCCCACUCACUGGGCAGCAGCAGGUAGCAUGACCACAAUCACUCCUCCCUGGCCAAAAGCGACCAGCCUAGCUAGCUUCUUCCUCUCAUUGCACCGCAAAGAGCAGGUCACUCUGGCGCUGCAGCUCGUUUCCACCAACCUCAAGGAUGUCGUUCAACAGAUCGACUCGUCCCUUGGCGACUUCAUCGAUGCGGGUCUCAUGGUGUGCGAAGCGUUCAAGCCGUACCCCAAGUGCAUGCUGAUGAUUGAGGAGAUCGUCUGCGGCACCACGUGCAACCCAGAUUCGGGAAGCUACGUUUCUAAGUCCCCGUCGGGGGAAUUCAUGAUGACGGUCUGCCCGGAAUUUGCGAAUGCGACCUACGACACGUGCAAGGACGUCGAAAUCAGCGGCUUCGCGCUCAACCUGUUCAUCCCCAAUGCGGACGCCAUGAUGACCAUGGUCGUUUCCAAUGUCAUCGCAGUCAUGGGUGUGACGAACUUCAACAUCACCAUCGCUCCUGGCGCCUGCUUCACGGGAGCCACGGCCACGCCAGCCUACACCCCCUGCUGUGACCCGCUCGCCGUUGACCCCAAGUGCCCCGCGGGGUCAGUGGAUACAGUAAAGUAUGCACCCUACAUCAACCGCAACAUUGAUUCUGCUGCCUGCAUGACCGGUGCACCCAUGCCCGCCCCUGGCCCUUCCACCUCCACUCCUCCCGCGCCUGGUCCUGCUCCGCCUACUGCCGCUCCUCCUACUGUCGCUCCGCCCACUGCCGCUCCGCCUACCGCUGUUCCGCCUACUCCUGCUGCGCCUGCUCCUGCUCCGCCUGCACCCACUGCAGGAGGCCCCCCACCUUCUCCCCAAACGCCAGGAGUGGCGCCUAGCACCCCUCCUGCCUCUCCUAGCCCCACGCCUGUGAGCCCCUCGCCCCCACCACCUCCGCCCAAGUCUGGGGCUGGUUCCGCCGCUUCGGUGAUGUCGGUGGUGGCUCUGGCGGUUGGUGCUGCAGUAGUGUUUGUGUAA